GUUUUGGUGUUCGCACGCCUUAGAGGUCAAUAUCUUGGACGCUCGUUAUUUACCAACAAUGUUGUCGCCAAAGUCUGUUUUAAUUACUGGUUCUAAUAGAGGAAUUGGUUUGGAGUUUGUCAGGCAGUUUUUAAAAUUUGUGGAUCCACCAAAAUACAUUUUUGCAUGUUGCAGAUUUCCAGAAAAAGCGUCGGAGCUGACUGAAAUUGCGAAAACUAGUCCCUGUGUACAUGUUAUCAAGCUAGAUGUAGCAGAUCAGAAGUCUAUAAAAAAUGCCAAGGCAGUGGUAUCAUCUGUUGUAGAAGAUAAUGGAAUAAACCUUCUAAUAAAUAAUGCAGGAAUCUACAGAGCUGAUGCUGAUAUUUAUAAUACUUCAUGGGAAGAGAUGAGAAGAAAUUUUGAUGUGAAUGCAAUUGGUCCAUUGAUGAUUAGUCGGUCCUUUUUACCACUGUUAAAACAGGCCGCGGGCGGGAGAAAAGAUGAAGUUAUGUCUUGUAAUAAAGCAGCAAUUAUUAAUAUAUCAUCAGAUUCUGGUUCUAUAACUGAGAACGUUGGACAAGUGUAUCCAUAUAGAGCAUCAAAGGCUGCGCAAAACAUGAUUACAUCAUGUUUGAGCAUAGAUCUAAAAGCUGAUGGCAUUCUUUGCACCGCUGUAAAUCCCGGGUGGGUGAAGACGGAUAUGGGAGGACCGAAUGCCGAGAUAAGCAUGGAGGAAAGUGUCUCUGGAGUAUUCGCCAUCUUGAGAAAACUGCAAGGAGAAGAAGAAUCUGGAAAAUUUUAUGAUUCAACAACAGGAGAAGUACUUGGGUGGUAGGUUAUGCAGUCAACGAAGGGAGAGUUAUGUACCAUAGAAAGGCGAACAUGUAUACGUUUUAUAAUGCUUGGACGAACAAUGUUAUUUGUUUCCUAUGACGCUACGUACACACAAAAAUGAUCCGCAUGUAUAUAUGAAAGCAGGAUUAUUCUUUUAGAACAUGUGGUUCUUAGUGUGUUACUGAUGAAUUACUGGAAUUACUACAUAUGGCUGAGAAAGUUGUGUUAUUAUAAAGAUACAGGCGGUACAGACUGAUGGUCUAUCACGCAUUUGAAUUAUAAAUAUACAUGUAUGUUGAUUUGAAUGAAAAUGUAUGCUAAUUGGAAAUAUGUAAACAAAAGUAAUUGUAUCUUAAGAUUCCCUGCCUAACCAGCCUUAGUUAUACAAGUUACGUAAUACUAUGCAGAAAUAGAGGAUCGUUUAGGGUUGUUUUUAUAAUCAGAAUAUCAGUUCUGUCGAACAUUUUAUCAUUUUUAUCCAACAAGUGUAGUAAAUUCAUUAUGGAAAGACAACCAUGUUAAUGUUAUAUUCUUUUUUAUAACAUACUAGCUUUUCUCGGUUUAAGCACUGAAAUCUCUUCUUUCAUGACCUAUUAGAGAUGAAGUAAGUUGACCACCUUUAAUAUGAAAAGAAUAUGGCAUUGCGUUAUUUCAUUCGCACAAUGCAAAAGAUAUGAUAAACAAAGAUAUAUUUUAGGUUUUCCUUGUCAUUCUUACACGGAAAAGAACGAUUUUCACUUGAUUUAAGAUUUUAGUUUUAAACUGUUCUUCCUCAUUUGAAAAAUGAACUACAAUAUGUUUGAGUUUAUAUGUCAGCUGUGAUAUUCCAAGUAAUGAAAGCGGCAGUUGAUUUUGUCGUGAAGUUAAUCCAAUAUUAACGAAAUGAUGUUUUCUGGAAUUAAAUUGAAGUCACCUCUAAUUAAUGACAAGAAGACAAAACCGUGCACUUCAGAAAGAAACUCUCGUCAGCUUAUUUUACAGUGGGAAGGCAACUGUUAAGAGACAAGUAAGAGGUCAUCCAAUUAUUUGUUCAUAUAAUAUCCAUGGAAAAACACUAGCUACAGCCAACCCAUCAAAAUACUUGACAAUACAUAUCUCACCAAAUGCUUAUCAGUACAUCUAAAUGCUGUCUCAAGUUGGCCUUUUUACUUCAUCUACUGUUAUUUCUGACAAAAAUCAAUUUCUGGGGUCGAACGUUUUUUUUUUUUUUUGUGGGGGGGGGGGGGGGGGGGGGGGGAAGGAGCAAAGCAUAUACUGCCCCCACUCCCAAAGCUGAGGGGGCAACACCCACCCCUCCACUGCUCCUAUGCCUUUUUUCGAGUCAGUAGUAGCUGCCAGUGCCAUAGCGGACUUCAAGUCUGGGCAGCUAUCAUCUUUCUCCAAGUAAAUACACAGGACUGCUUUUACUUUUAAUUGUAACAAAUGACAUUUUAAAAUCAUUGUGCUGUCCUCAGCAACACAUGUAAAGUCACCAUUUUCCGAGAAUACUCAGAUUGAGGUUUGUAGUUUAACGGAAGAAGAGGAAGAAGAAGUAACAUUUAAACCAGUACAAAAUGGAAAAUAUCCAGGGGUGGAAAUUUCUAAAGAUUUAUCUUGGUACACACACGUCAAUAACUUCAGCACAACAAGAACAAAACACUGGGGCUCAUUCGCAGAAAUGACAUUGUAAAGAUUAAAAUCCCUUACUUAUAAAACACUUGUUCGUAUACAGCUUGAGCAUGCUUCAACCGUUUGGUCACCUCACACUAAAAACAACAUGAACAAGUUUGAGAUGGUGCAGCGCCGUGCAUUACGACGAGUAAAAACGUUUUCUUUGCAUAUUCCAGUGUUUCCAAAAUUCAGUUAAGUUAAGGUUGGAGGUCCGUUGAACACCGUAGAAAUGAUGCUAGACUUAUUAAGUUUUUAUAAAAUUUACAAUUACUUGGUCGCUUACCUCCUGUUAUAAUUAUGUGCCUUAUGCAACCUCAUUGUCUUCGCCAGGUUCAUGUCGGCACAGAUUAUUUCAAAUUCUCUUUUUUCCCGAAUGCCACAGUACUCCGGAAUGGUCUGCCUCGCCACAUUGCUGUUACGCCCAGCUUGGACUCUUUUAAGCAGGCUGUCUCAAAAUAAAACUAUAUAGGUCACCAAGGGAUGUUUUUAAUACUUUUAAUUUGCUGGAUGUCGAAGAAUGUCGUUCCAGCUCGAGAUUAGUAUCUGGGGUAUGCUGAAUAUUGGAUAUCGUACCAGCUCGGCAUUAGGAUUUGAGGCAUGUUGAAUGUCGAAUGUCGUGCCAACCCAGCGUAGGAUAUUUGCGAAUGCAAUUCUCUUUGUUCCCCCACCCCCUGCACAUAUGAGAAUAUACUGCAUGUUUUUCAGUGAAUUAUAGAGAUAUCAGAACUAAAUAUGUCUAGUAUUUUCACAGUGAAAAAAAAAAUCAAAUAUUUCACUGUUACGAAGUUAUAAAAUGGGUAAGUUAGUCAAAAGACAAAAUUACAAGAAAAUUGGUAAGAUCAAAAUAUCUUUCAAUCAUGAACACUCAUGAACACCAUAUCUUACAUUUUCACUUGUGGAUAAGCCACUCGUAAAAUAUUGCAUCUUGUAUUCACUCGUGAAAGAUAAAUAUUUCAGUUUUAUACUGAAACAAACGAAUAUCAUUUUGUAGUAACUGAGUAUGUAAACUUUAACUGUAUAUGUAUGUUCAUUGUAUAAAUUAAAUCCCGGUAAGUUGUCAAAAUGACCCAAAUUUUAGAAGAUAUUUUGUAAGGAAGUACACCUCAAUUCAGCUAUAGACAGUCAAGGAUAUGGAAAAUAGUAUUAGAUGUGUCUCUAUUGAAUAUUCGAUAUCUAUUAUAUUUCUCCUGGUUAUUAUCUCUUUAGAAGACAUAUGCAGAAAUCUGACAUAAAAAGUAAAUAAGUACGAUCUUAUAAGUGUUUUUAGAACACGAAAUAUUUAAGGCCUAUUUCUUAAAACAUUCUUUCAAAAUAGUAAAAAAAAUCAGAUGAGGUGAUCUUUCAAAAAUCCCCUCACGACAUGAUUUUUGCUACUUGCUUUUCGUGUUCUGCUGAUUUUUUUACACUGCAUUGCAUUAUUAUACAUAAAAUGAGGUAUCUUGCAGAAAUCCCGAUAUGACAUGCUUUUUCACUAUUUGCAAGGCUUCUUGCUUUUUGUCUUCUGUUGUUUUACUUUUUUUCGACGGUCGUACGAACAUGUUUUUUAAUUACACAGUUAAGAUUUUGCUGCUAAGAUUUAAGACCUGCCUGAUCUUUACCUAUCAUACAACCAAACCUAUUACAAGAGUUUCCAUAUAAUACAGCCAAGCCCAUCAUAAUGUCAAAUAUCCAAGAAAAUGAAUGGUGACCAGUCACAGGGUUAGUUAAUCAAAGUAAUAUUCAUGUCUAUUGUUCCAAGUUUACAAUCGAUUUGGCAUUUUACAAUAAGGAAUUCAGUGAUCCAAGCUAGUGUCAUGCAGUGACAUUAGUGUUUAACAACAGUCAAAUAAUUUGUUUUAAAAUGUUUAAAAAUAUUUGUAUAUGUAAAAACUUGAAUUUUGUGAAUAAUCUUAAAAGAACAAAAACUUUACAUGCUGUCAUUAUGGAAAUGUUUUAUUUCUUACUAGAUUGAUAAAAUCUUGCAGUGUUAAAGUAAUUGCUUUUAAUUGUCUGUUAAUAGACUUAUUGCAUUUUAUUACAUAAUCUUUAUAUCUGUUUAGUAAGAUAAUAAUCUUUUGACACGCAGACAAAGGUCCCUGGUUACGUGAAAUCACGUGAAAUCUCACAAAGUAUCGCAGUAUGCGAGGUUUGUUGCUAGGGGACAUGUAGGUUUCCUGCAAUAUUAUUGGUUGAUUUUAUUGUUGUCAUGAACAUCAUAAAAAGUCAAUGAUAACAGUAGACAGAAGAUUUUUACCUACGAAAUAAGAAGGACAUAUACUUCUGUGUUUCAUGUCGAGAUAUCCGACUAGAUAAUUACAAAGUUUUAAUUAAUUUAAUUGUGUUUAUAGAAAUUAUUGUUAUUAUGUGGACAUCCAUAUAUUGUUGUUGAAAACUGAAUAAAAGAAGAAACAGAA